CAGAGCAGGGCCACGCAGCCCGGCGGCCAGCGCGCUGCUGGGGAAAUCCAGCGCGGUGGCGCUUCGAGCCCAGGCGAACGUCUGUGUUCUCCGAGCCCCGAGGGGAUUCCCUUGCCGCUCGGGCCCCACAAGCGAGGCAGCAAACUCUCGUGGGGCCAUGUGAGUCCGUGGCUGUAGCCCGGGCCCGCUGCCAUGGGUGAGGGUAUUUAUGGUUUGACUAUUCCUUGCUUGGAUGUCUCAAGGAGACGCACUAGAGUCUGCGAGAAUUUAAAUAAAGCCUCGGGGGAGACGGGCGACGUUAACCCGUCCAUCUCCCGGUUAAAAUCUCCGCGGCAGAUGUCAGGAAGGUGUCAGCUGAGUGAAGGCAGCUGCGCGCCGCCACUGAGGCACGGAGCUCCCUUUACAAGGCGGUUUUAUGUGAAAUAAUGUUUAACGAAGAGAUGCGUAGGAGAAUUGAUUUCCAAACUGAGCCAAGGGUCCAGGGAUUUUUUUUUGGCACACGUGGGAAACGGACAAUCAAGCAACCCCGAGGAGGGAAAGGCGCUUGCUAAUCUGAGUCGCCCCAUGGAAUGUGCAAUUUUCAUCCACUAGAAGUGGUGGAGGUUUACAACCUGUGUGAACGGGGGCCGGGGGCCCGGGGCCUAGGUUCGAUUGAUCCCCCCUCUGGUUUAAUUCGAGGAAGUAGUGCCUGACCUCAGAGAGUUACAACCCCAUCAAUACGCAGACUUCGUGGCAGUGAUGGCCCAAGAUAGAUCCCCCUCCCCCCAAAAAAACACCCUCUAGGAAUCCACUUUCCUCCAAAAAGAAGUAAUUUGCAAAUCCGAAGCGAGAGGAUUUCGGACUCCAGUUGUAAAUCGGAUCCCCUGCUGGAUUCGUGGGAGAAUGCAGAAAUAAAAGCCACGUUCUUCGCCAUUUCGGAUCUUCCGCGGGGCACGUGGGAGCUAAUCCCAAAGGAAUCACCAAUUAGCCUUUUUUAAAACUGCCCUCAGCCAGUAGGCCCAUUCCAGUCAAUAGCUUUACCUGGUCACGGUGUACAGAAUCGGGCACCUGGUUCCUAAGGGCACGGGUAAUUUCCCCGAUGAUUUUUCAGAAGUUACCCCGCUGCUAUACGCCAGCGAAUGUUCGCAUUAAAAGGCGUUUGGCUCAGGGAAGCCAUUCGACUCUGGAUCAGCUCCUAUAAGACAUGUGGCCCCUGUUUCCUUCGGAGCCCAUUUCGCUCCCAGAAGAGAUGGCCCUGGCAGGCCGCCUCUAAGGAACCACGCAUGAGAACAGAAACGGCCUGUUCAUGACUCAGAUCUGCCUCUACGCAGCUCCCUAAAAAAUUGCCUCGGGUCAGAUGUUAAUUUCCACGGACCAUCGCUCGCCAUCGGUUUUUAGACCACCCCCGCCACUGACUGCUUUAAAAACUGGGGACACCCCAGGUCCCUACACAUCUGGCCCGGUUACCCACCAAGAGCGAGCGAACUGCCAAUAUUUCACAACCUCAGAUGCCUCGCUUUGGGGGAGGAAGGGGGGGGGUGUCUCUCCAUCAGCCUCAUUAAAUAGCUGACACUUCUUUCUGCAUCGGGCCGAGGCUGCACCUUUGAUUAAAAUCGUUACAUCAGUCAAUUAAAAAAGAGACCCUGAACGUUUAUAAAAAAAAAGAGCAUCACAAAUGCCUAAUGUAAUCACCGGCCAGCUGUGUGCACUUGUAAAGUUGUUACAAUCCCCCUCCUUGGUAUAAACAGGAAAGUACAUAAUAUAAAGCAACAGGCCUGCAUUCACAAAUACUAAUCCUCCCCCUCCUGCCUGCCAAGUUCGCCUUUUAUGGAGCGUCGCUUGCGCAUUGCAAGCCCACCGUGACCCCCCAAAUAAUCAUAAAAUCCCCUUCAAUUUGGGUUCCUCGAAAAUAAGGCUCGUUUCACCGCUGCAAACACACCUCACUAGCCUCAUGCCAGUCCGAAACCAGACUUUCUUCCUGCUGGCUGUGUGUGUGCCUGGGUGGGGAGGGGGGAUUCUCCCCCUUGAUCGAGGUUAGAGAGACUAUAUUAGCACCACUCGGUGCAAGCAGCCUGUUUACACAGAGUUCAGGAGCAGACACCGGAUUGCGCGGCGACCCCAUUUUUUGGUUUCCACUGACGUGUCCUGUCUACUGGACCGUUCAUGCAGAUCUGGCCUCUGGAAGCUUGGAUGUCUAUGGCUGAUCUGAGCAGCCCUCACGGCUGGUUUGAAGGCGCAAAGCUAGACCCGCAGCGGGUGUAACUCAGCUCCGCUGGUUUACACCCGUGGAGGAUCCAUCCGUGCGCUCCACUUGGAGAGAGACGGGCCCCCUCGGCUCUUCCUCGCCGCUCCAUUUCGUGGCCUGUUUCCUUAUUGAUACUUUCCCAAAACACAAACUCCCCUUUCCCCAGGAGUUUCGGCCCCUUCUCCCUCUGCGCUCCAGCAGCGUACAUCCUGCCUGUGCUGUCUGUGUGUGCUCCCCGCGUCAAAGGGUGGACGUGAUAUUUCAAACAUCAGAUCAGUGCGUUUAUAUAUUGGGUGCCCGGAAAUUUUUCCAAAUAAACACAGCUUGAUUCGACUUGGGUGGGCAGACUUAUCAACAGACUAAUUCUAUAAACAAAUGAAGGAAAAACCCGGGGAACCAUUGGCUGGUACCGGAGAGACACGUGGAGGGAGCCUGGAAUUGUGUAGCAAGGAUAUUUUAAUUAAUGUGGGUGGGCUGAGAACACAAACGACUGUUUAUCGGAGACAAUUUAUUUUCCAGUGCUAAGUCAACAUAUAAUAGCAAACUUACAACAAUUAUUUAACAUUUUAAAAAAAGAGCUAUGAAGCAGGGACAGACGGAGAACAAACUGACUGAGGCAGGGUCGGCGCUCACACCAAUCUCUCCCUGGUGGAGUCGUGGAGGGUUUCUCCCUUGUCCUUGGAAGCCCCAUCCGCGAUGAGCCACAUUUUCAGCAGCCACCUCGGUCCCAUGAGCAGCCCGCUCGCGGGCUCCUCCAUGGUCUAUCUGUACGGGGCGGACCGGGCUGGGCUGCCGGCUGCUUUGGGCUUUGCAUCCUCCAGCGCGGUCUCCAGGCAGGACCCUCCCCAGAAGCCUCCUUAUAGCUACAUCGCCCUCAUCGCCAUGGCCAUCAAGGAGGCGCCGGAGCAGAAGGUGACCCUCAAUGGCAUCUACCAGUUCAUCAUGGAGCGCUUCCCUUUCUACCACGACAACAAGCAGGGCUGGCAGAACAGCAUCCGCCACAACCUCUCGCUCAACGAGUGCUUCGUCAAGGUGCCCCGGGAGAAAGGCAGGCCGGGCAAGGGCAGCUACUGGACCUUAGACCCCAGGUGCCUGGAUAUGUUCGAAAACGGGAACUACCGGCGGAGGAAGAGAAAGCCCAAAGCCUCCCCGGAGACCAGGAGCAAAGCAGAGGCGGAGGGGGCUGGACACCCCUCGGAGGGGCUCCCCAAGCGAGUCCGGGGGAGCCAGGCUACUUCCGCGGGAGAGGAGCCAGCCUGCGGCCGGGAGGACGACUCUGGGGAUGCGCUGGAGGAAGGCGAGACCCAAGCCAGCACUGUGGGAUGCCCCGGGGCAGCCGCCCCCGUCUCCGCAGCUCCUCCUGGCCCCGAAGGGCCCGCUGCCCUUUGGGGCCCGCCCCGUCCCUCCAGGCGCGCGGCUCCUCUGCGCGCCCCGCGCCCCACCUCCCUGGAGGAAAGCAGUCCCGAGGGGGAACGGGCGGAGAGUUGCUCGGAGGGCGAGGCGGAGGAGACUGGGCUGGCAAAGGCCAAGGCAGGUCAGCGCACCCGCCCCGCCGGCGCACGCCUGCUCUGCCCACGUGCCCAGCGGAGCCAGGUGGGCGCUGCUGCCGGGACACAGCCACUGCCCCCGAAGAGCUCCGAGAAGUCCAGCAGCUUCAGCAUAGAGAGCAUCCUAGCCCAUCAGACUCUCCCCAAGCCAGCCAAAGGGGACGCGCAGGCGGAAGGAGGCUGGGACCCGAGCGCCUCCAAGCUGGCUUUGGAGAGCCUGCCAGCUGGAUACAACGCCAGCCCCGCUUUCAAUGCGUCCCUGAUGCUCGAUCCCCAAGUGCAAGGUAGAUUUUAUCAGAUCGGGAUCCCCUUCCUCUCGUAUUUUCCUCUGCACUUGUCCGAGACGGUAUUUAAUUUUCAGUAACAAAAAAAUAUGCAAUUUGAUAGCCAAUUAUACACACACUACAAUCGUAUAUAUAUAUAUAUAUAUAUUUAUAUUAUAUAAAAUCAAGAAUUAAUUACAUGGGUUCAAAAUAUUAGGAUUUUAGGGUAUUUUUCAAACGAUCUUGUUCUCAGCAGAUGUCUUGGCUGAGUUUUUUUCUUCCCAAUUUACUUUAAGGUAAUUUUUUUACAUUGGCUGUACAAAAUAUACUCUAGAGGUUUUUGCAUUGUUUGAUACAAACAGGACAGGGGCCUGAUGGUAUAUCCUUCUCAUCUAUCAUGCACCUGAGACCUGUUUUUGUUCAACUAUUUUAAUUCCAUGAUAAAACGAACAAACAAACAAAAACCCAUACACCGGUUUAAUAAUGUGUUUUUCGUGUGUGUGCAUGUGUUAUUUUGCAAUUAAUACAUACAUUUUCCAGGACACACAAGCAAUGACUGUGAUGCUGCCUGGCCUCAAACUUGGUAAUUGAAAUAAAUUGAAUAGAUAAAUGGUGUAUGAUUGGAGCAAAAGUAAUCACAAAUGGAAUUUCCUUCUGUACUAUCCUGUUUGCUGGACACUGUAUGUAAUUCAUGGUGUGAAUUCUCAUGGCUUUAGUGAAUGGUACUUGCAUUUUUUAUUGUUAUCUUCAUUGCGUCUGUGUCACUGAAGCUGUUUACAGAGCAAAAUCAGAUUCUGAAUGAUGUAGAAUGGAGCCAUUGCAGUUUUUAUAGAAUCAGAUGUUCUAAAACUUAAAGGCCCAUUGAUCACUAUAAUAAACUGUUAAUCAUAUGUAGUUACCUUGUUAAAAACUGGACAUCUACCAGUGACAAUUAACUAACUGGUCCCCAUGCAUUUUUCAGUUCUCCUAGAUGCAUUAUAGACAAGAGAUGUUUUUUAAUUAUUCCUUCCAGAAAUAUUGAGACUUUCUUUGUACAUUAGUGGGCAAAUGUCCUUUGGAAAUCUUUUACAUUAUCAGCUUUUCUUAUGAAGCCAAACCUAUAUACAAUAAAGUAUUUUGUGCAA